AUGCUUCAUAAUCUUUCUUUAUCAUCGAAUGCAUCAAUGAUUCGUUACGCGUUAGCAUAUAAGAACUUCAAUCCUAACGAAACAUAUCCAGAAGAAGAAAAUGUGGAAUCAAGUUUUGAAUUAACAAAAAAGUAUUGGAAAUAUAAAAUUGAUUCAUAUAAGAAACAAGAUGAAAAAGCAGAAAGGGAUACUAAAAACAAUGUUUCAAUGGAUGACUAUCAAUACUAUCACGAUUUAAUCCUUUCAUCUAAAUGCAAAAUGUGUGGUAAAGCGUUUACAUAUGCUAAUAAACCAACAUUAGAUAGAAUCGAUAAUGAAAAACCACAUACCAAAGAAAAUUGUCAGUUAAUGUGUUGUUAUUGCAAUGUCGUAAAAUCAAAUAAAGAUGAAGAUGUUCAACGUUUAAGAAUCAAUUUAAGAAAUUAUGCAUUAAAAAAUAAUUUACCAAUGACUCUAGAUUCAGUUGAAGCUUAUCACAUCCUCCGUAAUGGAAUUACUGGUGGUUUAUCAAAUGUUCAACAUAGAGUAAAUCUUAAAGGAAUCACGCACAUUAAUAAACUUUCAUAUAAUCCAGAAACUAAAACUGUAUCAAAUGAGGACACUUCCAACAUUAUGACUCAUUUCGUUGGU